CGGCCAUUGGCCGCAGUGGCGCGAGGCGGGCCCCGGUUAUUGUCCCGACCGGCGGCGGCGAUCGGAGCUGCGAGAGCGGCUGCGGCGGCGCGGGGCGGCAGCGGGUGGUCGCGCGGCCCAGCGAAGGCAGAGGCGGCCGAGACCAUGGCUGGAGGCAAAGCUGGAAAGGAUAGUGGGAAGGCCAAGGCCAAGGCAGUGUCUCGCUCACAAAGAGCUGGACUACAGUUUCCUGUGGGCCGCAUCCACAGACACUUGAAGACUCGUACCACAAGCCAUGGACGGGUGGGUGCCACUGCUGCCGUAUAUAGUGCUGCGAUUCUGGAGUACCUCACUGCUGAGGUGCUGGAGCUGGCAGGUAAUGCUUCCAAGGAUCUCAAAGUAAAGCGUAUUACUCCACGUCACUUGCAGCUUGCAAUCCGUGGUGAUGAAGAGUUGGAUUCUCUUAUCAAGGCUACCAUAGCUGGGGGUGGUGUGAUCCCUCAUAUCCACAAAUCUCUGAUUGGAAAGAAGGGACAGCAGAAAACUGCUUAGAGGGUUGUUUUAACCAAUCCUCUUCCUCCCCGUCAUUGUACUGUAACUGGGACAGAAGAUAACAGUGGGGAUAUGUGGAAUUUUUAAAAACAGUUAAAUGGAAAGGCAUAGACAAUUACUGUAGACAUGCUAAAAGAAACAUUUGUAUGUUCUUAGACUCAAAGUUUGAUAAAGUACCUUUUCAUGUGGUGACAGUGUGUGUUGAUUGGCUAGGUUUCUCCCAUAUGUUUUAUACAAAAAUGGAAUUGAUAAACCAUUUUUUACAAAAUUAUUGUCUCAAAAUUGUUCUGUUCAUGAUGUAUUGAAAAUAUUUUGCUCAGCUUUUGAAAUUUUUUUAAAUCAUAAUCAUUACUCAGAAUAGUCUUAAAGUAGAAAUUGGGAAUAUAGCUUUAUCAUGAUUGAUAUUCCAUGUUAUAUUGAAUGUUAGACGCUAUCAAUUUGUUGUAAUGCUCCAUUAUCUUAUUAUAUACCACUAAGAAAGGAAAACUCCUUGAAUUAAUACCAUCAAUUAUAGGAUACAUCUCAAUUUCAGAGAUGUUAGAAUAUGGAAAAAUAUGCAUUUUAUACCGAAAUGGGGUAGUAGAUUUACUGGAAUCCUUUACUGAGUACUUACCACGUGCCAGGCCCUGUGGUCAGUGCUUUACUAAUCAAGAAAUCUUAUCCUCACAUUAUAGACAUGGUUCCUGAGGUUCACAGAAAUUAAAUGAUCUGCCAAAAAAUAUUUAGGACUAACAGAAUAUACACCUAGAUCUUAAUGACUCUAGAGCCCACACCCUUACCUGGAUUUAAUGUUAGAUUUAUCAAACCUUUCUGCUUUUGGCUUAAAAUUCCAACUUUUGGUGGUCUUUUAUUGAUAUAGUAACAGUAAUUUGUACAAUCUUUUAAAAAUUAUUUUUCGUUGUCAGUUUCUAAAUAACUGUUAGAAGAUUUAAGUUAAUGUACUAAUUAAUGGUCCAUCAGAAAAUUCUAUUUUUCUGUCUUGUCAGGAAAUCUUCACAAAGAAGGAAAUUUUUGAUGUUUUAUAGUAUAACACUAUCAAAACAAAACUCAAUUUUAAAAAUAUUUUAUUAUGGAAAUCCUCACAAAUACACAAAAAUAAAGAGAACAGUAUGAUUAAGCCCAUCUUCCAACUUCA